AUGCCCUCCCUCGAUAGCACCGCCGGUCCCAUCCUCAUCGGAGCCGUGCUCUCCACGUUCCUUCUCGGCGUCGCCUCCCUCCAAUCUUUCCACUACUAUCGUCUCUACAGCUCUUCUGGGGCAGCGAAGGCCUUAGUCGGUGCCGUUUGGUGCAUCGAAGUCGGCCACUCUGUUGCGAUGUGGCAUGCGAUUUACGGAAUGUUUGUUACUUUCUACGGGCAGAUCGGGCAUCUCGCGGACCCGCCGCAUUCGAUUGCCUUUACCGUGCUCUUCUCCGCGAUCAUCAACCUCCUCAUCCAAUCCUAUUUUGCACUUCGAAUACACACCCUCUCGCGAUCUUGGCUGAUCCCAAGCAUCUGCUCCUCCCUCACGCUCGCGCGGUUCGUCUUCAACAUGUUCAUGCUCGUCGGGUUCUGGCGUUCCUCCGGCUUUGUCGUGUUCCAGACCAGCCUGCGGUGGUUGAUGCUCUGCGUGUCUGUCAUUGGGCCGUGCGUCGACGUCCUCACCGCGGCGUCCCUGUGCUUCUAUCUGUGGAAGCUGCGCGAGACCAUGUUGGAGGAGAACGAGUUCGCGAUGGUGCGUGACACGCGGAGGAUGAUCGACAGGAUCAUUGUUUGGUCGCUUGAGACGACGAGUAUCACGAGCGCAGCCGGCGUGUUGCAGUUGAUUCUGUUCAUCACCAUGCCUGAUAAUCUGGCAUGGAGCGCCGUGUUUCUCGUACAGCCCAAACUAUUCUCUAACUCGAUGCUGGCCCAUAUGCAUGGUCGGAAACAGCUGAAAGCGUCACUGGACGGCAGAGGGGCCUUUACAUCGUCCUAUGCUCGUCGAAUUGCAGGGCACGGACAAUUGACAAGCCAAAUGGUCUUCGAGAGCCCACCAAUGUCGAUGCCCGUUACAAGCACCGCGCACGGUCAAGUUGUCUAA